AUGUACCCGCUCAGCGGUUACUCAACACCGCACCUCCGGACCGAUCGGAGAGGACAAUUGUACAGCGCUUGGAACGCACCAUCACUGGACGAUGACGUUCAUGCCACACUCUUCGGGCGCCAAAACAGACAGAUCCUGCUUUUCUGUAUAGGAUUCCUGUUCCCACCUGCUUGGAUAAUUGCCGCGUUCCUUCCUCUACCCCUCGACCCCAACGCUGUUGGUACCCCAACCGCCAGCCAGGCCGACCUGGAACAGCAAUUCGCCCAAGCGAUGGGGCCCGCCGACGACAAGUCCUUCCAGAAAGCAACUUGGUGGCGCAACCUCAACCGUGUCAUGUCUGGAGUUGGCACGCUCCUGAUCGGCGUCAUCGUCGCGUUGGCCAUUCUCGCAUCGCGCAUGUAA